AUGGUAACCGCGCCCUGGAGGCGAGAGCGCGUCCGAGGCUCUCUGGCGUCUUCGACGGGCCUUCGCAAGGCUUCGACUCAGUGCCAAAGUGUCCUCGUAUCCGAAUGGCUCGCCAACAAGCUCAUCCGAAGAUAUCUCGAGGCCUUCACGGAACAGACUUGGCCAGCCGUUGUCAAAUGGACUUUCGUCCUUGGCGUUUUGUCUCUCAAGAACUCGGGCAUUCCUUUCCACAGUCUCUCCGUCGAGGACCUAGUUGACAUUGUCAAUCAAAACGGCUACUCGAGUCUCACGCCAGCUCAGCGGCUCGUCCCUCUCCAGUGGGCAACGUCGACGCCCUCGCGUUCGGAGCCGCGAGAAGAUUCUGUCUCUCCAGCGCCUCGCUGUCGAGACGGCGCGGCCGGUGUCUCCACAGCUGACGCGACGGCCGCGUCCGGCGGCGCAUGCAGAAAAAGAGUCACUUUUUCUCGCCAGCUCGCAGGCUCGCCAGGACACUCCGCCUCCGCUGUCGCCAGAAAACCGAGCAGCGACUGGCGAGCCGGAGACCCGGCGGUUUUUGUGCCUCCGAGAGCCGCUCCAAUCUCCUCGCUGCCGGAAGCGCCCGCUGGCUUCUCGUCCGCUCCAGAAACGUAUCCCUCCUGGUGGGGGGACUCGGCGUUUCCACCUCGGGCGAACUGUCCGUACACCGCAGCGGCGCUGGGUCCACGCCUUGCGCCUCCCUCACUUUCGUCUCCGCGGGGGGCUCCUCUUUCCUCAGCCUCAGGAGAGGAGCCUCCCGCGGCCUCCGCGCGGCUCUCGGCUGUACAUACACCCCAUGCGUCCUGUGUCUGUGGGGCGCAGGAAAAUCGCCUGGUCUCUUCCCGACCCGACUUCGAGCCGGAUGGAGCAACUGCGACUCCAAAGUUCGGGUGUUUUGCAGGUUUAAAGACAAGGGGAGAACUCGACGCACCGUUUUGCUCGGCGUUCCCGCCCUCUGUUGCUCUUUCUCCUUCUUGUCUCCCCUGCGCCCUGCCUGGUUCCCACCCGUCGUCUUCCAAGUUUCCUCGGGGUGCGGCGGGCCUCGCCGGGGCCGGUUCGAGGCUGCAGGCUGCCCCGAAACCUGCGCAUGGCAGCAGUCCCCCAUCUGGCUCUGCAAAUCCCCGUCUCACUCCUAGGUCGCAUGACGAGACGCCGUCCCUUUCUUCGCUUUCUCCCUGCCGACCCGCUGCACGAGCGCUGCCUGCAGAGCGCAGGCGAUCACAUGCGGCGCGGCUCAAGCAAAGAAAUCUGCAUGCGUCUCGCCCCGCGCCAAGACCCCUUCCGCCCAUCGAUGGCUUCCAGGCGUUCCGGCCUGCGCAGGAAGCGCGGUGGGUUUGUACACUGCGGCCCAGCUCGCACAGGCACCUCCCGCCGCCGUCGCCUCGCACGACCUCGGCGCGCGAGAGGGGAAUUUCGUGCAGUUCGCGGAUGCAUGCGCAGGCGCCGCUAUGGGAGGGCGGCGGAGUUGAAGCGUGCGAAUCGUUUGGCAACGCAGAAGAGAAGCACUCGGCGUUGCCGCCCUGGGGACUCGAGACGCCGUUUCUCGUGGGGACAGAGGAGCCGAGCCUGUCCGCGCCCCCGAGAGACAGUCCACGCCCGAGGGACAGUGGCGAGGACGCCGCCAUCGCGCAUGCAGUCGAGACAGCGCGUGCAGCGGCGACUCCGUUUCGGAGAGCAUUCCAAGAAGAGACAUUUGAGGAUCUCCCCGAAGGCAGUCCGAAGCUGGCCUGCUCAUCGUACUUUGAAGCGGCUCUCGCGGCGUAUUCAGAGAAUCCGGGUGGACGUAUACCCGGCGGUCACCCGGAAGGCGGGUCUCCCCGAGCGCGGGUUGCAUGCAGUUGGGAAAUCGACGUCCACGGGCGGUCGAAGCGCGCGGACAAGAACGCUUCCUUGGCUUGUUUUCCUGGAGGGUCGGAAAUGCGAUUUGGACGGGGGUCGUUUGGGGCCAGAAACCCUAUUUCUCUGGCCGAGGUGUCGGGCGGCCUCGGCUCACGCCCAAGGGUGCAUGCAGCCCCGAGCGCCUCUUCCGAGGUGGAGGAACUGAAUUCGUCGCCGAGAAGCGCCGCGAGAGAGUCGCGCACAGACAGCGAGACGCUGUCGUCGCUCUCUCUCGACCGCGUGGCCUUCUCGCCCUCUGGAGUUGCGGCUCGAGGCCUCACUGCCGCGGAUGUCUCCUUCGCGCCGCUGCCGCAUCCCGGAGGCGAGCGUCUCGCGCUCUCCGGCGACGAAGUCGCUUUCGAGGGGCGAGGAAACUCCUCACCUGGAGUUGAGGGCGAGAGACGGCGGGCUGUGCAGGAGGCGUCGCCUCUGAGGGAAAGCUUUUUGAGUAGCGAGAGCUCCUUUCGAGAGGCCGGCCGCCCUGCGGCCGACCGGAGCCCCGAAGUGGAGGGAAGACUUACGCGAAGACAAACUGAGUUGUGGCGAGAGAAGGAAUCUGCAGCCAUCAAAGAUCUCCUCGAGGUGUACUGGGGCGAGGCAGAGCAAAUCGAGAAGGGAGAAAGCAAAGGAGACAGCGAGCUCGAAGACACUCAAGAAGCCACCUGCUUCGACUCGCCGGAAAUCGCGUCUCCCGAGACCGAAAACCUCCCCAUCGACUCUUCACCUGAAUGA